GCAGGCAGUUGUGCUGAUGAAGUAGAAGAGCUGGUUUUACUUCUGUUGCAGACACGAAGUGCGUUUCUCUCUCUCUCUCUCUCCCCCCUCCUUCGGCAGGCGGCUGCUCCAGUUUCCUGACUUAAGAAUUGUGCAAUCUCUUGCUAUCAGAAGGGAAGGGGAGGGAGGGGAGAGGGAAAAGAAAGAAAAAAAAGACCCAGCUUCCUCUGCUGUUGCUGCAGUUGUUUGCCGCCUUCGUCGCUACAGUUCUCCACCUCGCUCAAUUCCCCCCCCCUUCUGCUCCCCAAGCUGUGAUCUCAAAUCUGUGACUCAGAGACUUGCAAUCCUGACACCGCAAAGUGCGGUUGGCGGAGAAGGCGACUAGCACCGGGGUUCUUUCCACCGCUUGGAGCAGGUACACUGCAGGACUCUGCGCAGGAAGCAAAUUGAGCGCGCGGGAGAGAGAGGCGAGCCACUGCAAGCGAUACUCGCCGACGCCAGUCCCCCCCCCUUCCCCAAAACUUUCUGGUUUCUUUUCAAGUAGCCUCGAGAGCUCUCUUGGCGUUUGGUUGAUUGCCUGGAAUUUUUUUCUUCUUCUUUUUGGCCGGGGGGAUUAGGACGUACGAGAGGAUUAAAGGAAAGAAGACAUGGGGGAACUAACCUUUUAAUCUGCUUCAGGAAAACACAGAGGGAGUGAAACUGUUGGACCUUGACAUCCUUUUAAACUUAUAAAUUGGGACCCACCAUCCCUUCCAACUCCGCAUGGAUUAGCUGAUGCAAGAGGAGAGCCUUCUGCUGGCUUCCUACGUUCUACCUCCCGUUCUGCUCUUGUGUUUGCGAUGGGUUGGUUGCUGAUCUGACUUUAAGAGGCACCGAAUCAUGAGUCUUCAGGCUCAGCCAAAGUCUUCAAACAAGAGAGCUGGAAAGCGGGUUGCAUUUUUUAAUGAGCAAGAUGCCCUCCUGAAGGAAGCUCACCAGCAGCAACAGCAGCAGCAGCAGCAGCUAAAAGAAGGACAGUAUUAUGGCCACGGAGGGAAUGUGCCUCCCACCCAGGCCAUGGAGCUGACCAAGGCUGGGGUUUUCAGCAGCAUUCCCAGCAAUGCUGCAUUGCUGAAUUCAAUGUAUCAGGACAGAGGGGAGGGGAGGUUGACACCCCACCAAGUGGCUGCUGCCAAGUGGCAGAAUUCCCUAAUGGGAAACCGGCUGCCUGAGCGAAGUGAGGCAAAUUGGCAGCCUCAGCCCGGUGGGUGGAACCAUGGCAUAGUUUAUGGUGGCAACCAGAAAGGAGGACAUCCUAAUGCCAGCAUUACAGAUUACUAUGGCCACCCAGAUGCCCUGAAAAGAAACAGGGAGAAAGGGGGAGUGGUAUCACAGCUGAACUUGUAUGGAGAUGCUGUCCAGCAGAUGCUAUCUCAAAAGGCCCAGUUGGAACAGCAAGCGUUGGCCAGGCAGCAAGCCCAGAUUACCUCUUUCCAGCAAAUGCAGCAGCAGCAACAGCAGCAGCAGCAGCAGCAACAAAAUCAAAGCCUCUCUCUGCAACCUUUUCAGCUGGCUUUUGGACAGCAGGGCCAGAAGCAGGGUCUUCCUGAGUUAUUGCAUGUUCUUCAACAGGCUCCCACAUCUUCCAGCCAGGCUUUCACUGCCCAGCAGAAACAGCAAGCUCUUCCACAAUUGCAGCUGUUUGAAAACUAUUAUUCCCAACAGCAGCAGCACCAUCACCACCACCAACAGCAGGCAGGAGUGCAAACUUUUGGCCUUCAGCCAUCGGCUUCUGUGCCACAGACACAUCUGGGAGCACCUCCUCAGCCUGUUCAACAUCAUAUGGUUUCCCAUCAGUUCCACCCAGUUUCUGAGAGGAAUCAGGAGUUGCUGAAGGCUCUGACAGAACAGAACCCCCAGGCGGUUCUACCGCAGGCACAAAUCAAUCUCCCAAGGAGAUCACGCAGGCUUUCCAAGGAAGGUGUCCCACCAGUACCUUCUGGAGAAGAAACGCUGGUCUCCAAGGCAGUUGAGGACUACCCUGGGAACAUUGUGCCAACCCACCCCUGGCCAUCACAGCAACACCCGGAAGUCCAGUUCCAACCUCAGUCUGAAAUGUUCAGUCACAAAGAAAGUUAUUCGCAACUAACUAGGGCAGAACUAGAGCGUGGAGAUAUGCCAUCGGGGAGUCAACCGAGCCAGCCUGACAUGGAGAUGAUGGGCAUGUAUGAGAAUGCCCAAGAAGCAGGAAAGCAGGUGGCUGCCACUGAUGGCAUUGGUCCGAGAACAAACGACUUUGGUGCAGUUAGAGGAGGAGUCAUCCAGAGUACCCGGAGGAGACGGCGUAUUUCUCAAGAGGCCAACCUCUUAACCUUGGCUCAGAAAGCCGUCGAGUUGGCUUCUCUUCAGAAUAUCAGGGAACCUGAAAUGUCAGAAGAAAAAAACAAAAGUGAGGCAACGGCUGCUGCCCCAAGGAGUGUUGUAGAAUUUGCCAGCUCUUCCCCAGCCCCAAAGAGAGUCCGGGAGGAUAACAGCCAUGCGCCUCUCAUUAUUCCUGUGUCUGUGCCAGUGAAGAAGCUGGAUGCUCAAGAUAUCACCAGGGAAAGGAGCGAGGAUGGGAAGCAGCAGCGGUUCCUGGUUAAUGAUCAUGGGAUUGCAGACAGCAAGCCUUCUGUGAUUGUCACUCGGAGGAGGUCCAAUCGUAAUUUGAAUAUGGACUCAUCAGCUCAGCACGAAGGCACCGCUCCAAAAGAAGUGGAUGGUUUUGCACGGAAGCCAAAGCAACGACCAAGACCAGAGCCUCUUUUCAUACCCCCCAAAGCCGGCACCUUCAUUGCUCCACCAGUCUAUUCCAAUAUCACACCGUACCAGAGCCACUUGCGUUCACCUGUCCGUCUAGCUGAUCAUCCUUCUGAUAGGAACUUUGAGCUACCUCCUUAUACGCCCCCUCCCAUUCUCAGCCCAGUGCGAGAGGGCUCAGGACUAUAUUUCCAUGCUUUCCUUUCUGCUACUGGCAGUGCAGUUCCACCUCCAAUAACUCCAAAAGCUGCACACAGGACCCUACUGAGAUCUAACAGUACAGAAGCCACCCCUCCUGUCCUCUCAGUAAUGGGAGAGUGCACUCCUGUCAGCAUUGAACCGCGGAUCAAUGUGGGGUCUCGGUUUCAAGCAGAAAUCCCACUGCUUCGAGAUCGGUCUCUGGCAGCCGCCGAUGUGGCCAAGGAGCAGUUGGUGUGGCAGCCAUGGGAGGAGCUGGAAAAUAAUCCAGGAAUCCAGGAGAAUGUGGACAACCUGGUAACAGCUGCAUGUUCAAGCAUAUUUCCUGGAGGUGGUACCAAUCAAGAGCUGGCAUUUCACUGCUUACAUGAAGCAAAAGGAGACGUUGUGGCUGCUUUGACCAAAAUGCUGCUGAAGAAAUCGGUGCAUUCUCCGAGCCACCCGCUGGUAGAUUACCACUACACUGGGUCAGACAGCUGGAGCGUGGCUGAGAAGAAACACUUCAAUAAGGGAAUUGCUAUCUAUAAGAAAGACUUCUUCCUUGUCCAGAAACUUAUAAAAACCAAGACUGUGGCUCAGUGUGUGGAAUUCUACUAUACUUACAAAAAACAGGUUAAAAUAGGCCGGAAUGGGACUCUCAUCUUUGGGGAUGUUGACGCUACCAUUGAAAGAGCCGUUAAAGAUGAAGCUGAAGUAGAUAUAAAGAGUUCCCACAGGCUUACCCGUACUCUUCCUCCCAGAACAUACAAUGAAGACUAUGAAAACACAGAAGAUGAAGAUCUUGAAGAAGUUGAGGAAGUCAUGCCAAUUAAAGAGGAAGCUAUGGAAGGGGAUGAGUUGUAUGGCAAAAGCAACAACUUUGCACCUUCCAGAUCGACUCCUCUUCGAGAUGUUGAGGAACAAGCUGGUAAUCUCCAUAUGGAAAAACAUCUGGAAUCUGGUACCCCAGGAAGAACAGAGGUUAGAGGCAGAACUUCAAGAAGGACGAAGGAGACACCCAUUAAAUAUCGGAAGACUUCGCCACCAGUGCAAAAGAGAAAGAGAAAACCGAAACCCAAACAAGAAACGGUCAACAAACCCCAGAAUCAAGAGGAGGAAUUUCCAUGUAAAAAAUGUGGCAGAAUCUUCUACAAGGUGAAAAGUCGGAGUGCUCACAUGAAAAGCCAUGCCGAGCAGGAGAAAAAGGCUGCUGCUCUGAAAUUGCGGGAGGCGGAGGCAGAGGCGGCGGCAGCAGCAGCGGCGGCGGCAGCGGCAGCAGCACAAGCACACAGUAGGACUCAGCACGAAGAAAGUAGCAACAGUGGGAGCAGUCCUGGGAGCAACAGCAGCAGUUCAGAUGAAGACGGCGAUGUUUAGCCCAGGACCUCCAGAGGUUGAGAGCCCAGUUCUGACUGCUCCAGCCUUGCUUCUCCUUCCUUUCCUUCUUGCUUGAACAGUACCAGUAGAUUUUUUAAAAGGAAAAAAAUAUAUAUAGUGACCACAAAAAUCUAUUUUUUAAAAAAAACAUUUUAUGGAUUAUUUUAUUUAUAAAUAACUUUCUGUAUCAACUUAAUGAAUGGAAGUCUGUUUUCCUUCAGCUCCUGAACUUGCCAGGAAUCGUGGGAUAAGCCUUAAAUAUACCCUGUCAAAUGCUCUGGAUAAUAACUGAAUUACUUUGGGUGUAAAUUCAAGGAGCCACAUAGUGUUCUUCAUAUACCUCUUUCUUUCAUCUCCCAAGUUUGCUUUCUGGCUUGGAGCUAUUCACAUUUUCUUUUGUCUCCUUCAUACAAGAGUCUUUUGCUUCUCCAGCUGGUAGAUAAACCAGAAUCUGUGAGUAACCUCUCUAGGGUGAGUGAAGACACUAUUGGUUUUAAGAUAUAGCUCUUUAAGAGUGGAAAUACUAUACUUCGUAUUUGUUUGGAACUACCCCUAUUACGUUGAGUCAUAAAAAGUUGAUCACAUACGUUUCCAGAGUUAGCCAAAAGAAUUAGUGAUGAGUUCUGGGAUAUUGCGCCUCUGUAGUUCUGUGGUGGAACAAACAACUUUGCGUGCACAAGAACCCAUGUAUGAUUUUGGGUUAAUGAGAUUGAAGUAGAUUUCUGCCCAAAUUAUUAAAGAGCCACAUUUAUGAGAAGAUGACCUUUUAUCCAUGGCAUUAUUCUCCUGGGAGAUAGCAUUCAUUCAUCAGAGUCCAUUUGCAAUAACCAUUCUUAUUCCAAAUCUGAGCAUGUAGAUCGGGGUGUCAAACUCGCAUCAUAACAUGACAUAUCAUGACUUUCUCCCCCUUCCCUAAACCGGGUGUGGGCGUGGCUAGUGGGUGAUGCCUCUGGCCUGUGGCCGUGAAUUUGACAGCCCUAAUGUAGAUUAAAGAAUCCUUUGGCGCAGAUUUGAGGGGAGGGCAGAAAACCUACUGGAAAUCCAGUAUGAGCGAAAACGGCUGUCAUGAUACUGUAGCUUGAUGGAUUAGAUAACUAAUGAUCCACCAUGAAAGUGCAUUGUUUCUACCUGAAUAGACUUGAGUGUAGUUUUGCUUAAUUGUCCAUUUGAAUACUUCAACUAGCUUAACAAAAAAUAGCUGCUAUUUUUUUUAAACAGUUACAAUAUUUAUUCCCCCACCCCCUUUUUUUUAAGCAUGGUUUGCAAAGGCAAACUGAGUAUACUCAAGAUAAUAGAAAUAAGGAUCAUGUUGCAUUGAUUCAUAUAUAUUUGUACCCUCAGGACAACCCUUCUGUUGAGAUAUUUGCCAUCUAAAUGACAGUGUCAUUUUGAUCAGUGAUGGCGAAACUUUUCGGCACCAAGUGCUGAAAAGGGAGCCCGUGCGCGCUCGUCUGGGCCAUGGCCUGGAAGAGGACAUGUGUGAGCGACAAAUAGCUGGCUAGCAUGCAUGCUCGUGCCAGAAAACACAAGGCCAGCUCUUCAUUUCCGGCACUGUCAUAUGCACGAAAGCCAGAAAUCCAGAAGAGGAACAGGCGGCGCUGUGCUUGCCAGGUGACAUGUGCCACUUCGGGCACGCGUGCCAUAGAUUCACCGUCACAGAUUUAGAUGUUUUGCACUGUACCUAGAUCCAAAUAUCUGGGGUCAAGAAUACCAAAUGUGUGGAAAAAAAGAAAAGUAUUUAGAAAUGGUGCAUUGAGCCAAAUUUAUCUAAGAGCUUUAUCCUUCUGCACCAAGCAGCAAGUAUUUGGAAUUAUCUUAACACAUAUGGACAGUUAUCUUCACAUUGCUACAGUAAAGAGCAACUUUCUGUCUGUCUGGCAGUACAGAGAAAAAGAAAGUGCAGCAGAGGACAGAAAAAGAAUGCUUAGCAGAUAAAGAUGGGGUACCUAAACUGCUUGCUUGUAACUUUCACAUUCUCAUGUCCGCAGAAAAUACAGUGUUUAUUCAGCUGUAAAUGGAAAAGUCCUGAAAAAUAAGUCUUCUACAGCCACAGGGGCCUUGAAAGCAAAGAAUUGCAUUAAUAAUUUGCAGAAGACCCUUUGA